AGUGGACCAUUAUGAAGUGUGACUACACCCUGUCAGUGUGACACGUCUCUAAGUCUAACCAUGCUGUACCAUGCUUUACUAUUAGUAUCAACAUUAACUGUGUUUUUUAGCUUCUUCCUUGUAUACAAAGUAACAGUUCUCGAAGAUGACAUCAGCAAACUCAGAGGAGAUAUUUCAAACCUAAAGCCACAUUCUAACGAAUCCACAGAUGGAAUGAGAACGGGUAUGUCCAGAACAUGGGAGAGAUCAAAGCAAGCAACUUCCCUAAAUUCACAGAGACAGACAGAGAAAGACUCUCAGACUCUGUGUUCGUCAACAGCGUCCUCUCUGAGAAUGAAACCGGAGUCGGCGGGCUGCAGUGGAGGUACAGUAGUCGUACAGCAGUCGUUUCUGCAGCUGUCAGCCAACACAAAGGAACAGCCAUUUGUCAGAGGAAAUGUGACGGUGAUUCCUUGGACAGUUGCCUUGCAUCAAGGGGAGGCCAUCUCUUCCACGGGAGACAGAAUUAUCAUCCAACAAGAAGGCCUCUUCAUAGUGUUUGGUCAGGUGUUGUUCCAGAGUCCAGGCACCAUCAUGGGGCACAUAGUGCGUAGUCGAAGAACCGGUCAGAGAUCCACAGAGCUGCUCCGCUGUCUACAGGAGAUGCCCCAGACCAACUGUGCCAAUACCUGCUACACUGGAGGCAUGGUGAAGCUGGAGAGAGAAGACGAGCUGGAGCUGGUGAUCCCAGAUCGACCCCAAGCCCAGGUCUCCAUGGACGCAGACUCAACCUUCUUUGGCAUCAUACGGCUGAACUGACUACCAGGAGACAGAAGUCACCAGCAGGAGGUGUGGGACUUGAUGCCAUGAGCAGGACUAUGCUUUUUUUUGUGGAUGUCCUCCUCUGACAGGAUGAUGUCCUCCUCUGACAGGAUGAUGUCCUCCUCUGACAGGAUGAUGUCCUCCUCUUACAGGAUGAUGUCUCUAGUGGAUGUCCUCCUCUUACAGGAUGAUGUCUCUAGUGGAUGUCCUCCUCUGACAGGAUGAUGUCCUCCUCUUACAGGAUGAUGUCCUCCUCUUACAGGAUGAUGUCCUCCUCUGACAG